AUGGACUCAUCAAACUUUUUACAGCGGAGAGCGCUGGCGGGUGCCACGGCGGCCGACUUUUACGUGUCGACACUGCCGGACCUCGAGCCUGCGCAUGCGCUCUCGCUUUCGUCGGGCUACCUGCCCGCGCGUCCGCCAAGGGCAGGUGCUGCCUCGUCGUCCGAUGCCGCCGACGACGCACACUUGUUUUUCCUCCUUGAACGAGCGAGACACACGCCCACGAAGCGUAGGCUAAUCGUCUGGCUCAACGGUGGGCCAGGCUGCAGCAGCUUCGACGGCGUCCUCAUGGAGGUCGGCGCCUUUCGUCCCAACGACAAGGGCGGCCUCGAGUGGGCCACGCCGGGCGGGGCGUGGAACGAGUACGCAGAUGUGCUCUACCUCGACCAGCCCGUCGGCACUGGCUUCUCCUACGUCUCGACGAGCGGGUACACGACGUCGCUGCAGCAGGCUGCCGACGAGGUUCUCUACUUUCUCAAGCGCUUCAUCGAGGUGUACCCCGAGUACCGGAGGGGCGAGGGCGUCGAUGUCUACGUGGCGGGCGAGAGCUUUGCCGGGCAGUACAUUCCCUACGUCGCAAACACGCUCAAUGAGGCUGGUCGCUCGUCGCCAGUUGACCUCAAGGGAAUCGCAAUUGGAAACGGCUACAUCGAUCCCAUUGCACAGUAUGGCACAGAGCUCGACAUGAUGGUCGAGGCAAAAAUUUGGGACACUUCUUCAGAGGAAUACGGACGAAUCAACAAAAUCAAGCAGAAUUGCCGAAAGGCGUUGGACUCGAUCAAGGGCGACCCUCCGCGGUGGAUCGACGAGUGCGAGGAUCUUCUUUCGGACAUUGUCUCAGAGACGACGCACAAGAUUGGGGGGCGAAACACAUGCAUUAACAUCUAUGACGUCCGGCUGUCGGACGAAUCGCCAGCAUGUGGGAUGAACUGGCCGCCGUUGGUGGCGCCCAUGUACAAGUACUUGGAUCGCGAGGAUGUGCGCAAGGCGUUGCACGUCGACAAGACACACAAGCCCGAGGCGUGGAUCGAGUGCAACAAGCGCGUGGGCAGCAGGCUCAACGACAAGGGCUCAAAGGCCAGUGUGGUUCAUCUUCCCAAGCUCCUCGAGAGCGGCAUCAAGGUCAUGCUCUUUGCCGGCGACCAGGACCUGAUCUGCAACCACAUUGGCGUCGAGCGCGUCCCCGAGCGACUCCAAUGGGGAGGGAGCGGCUGGGGGAAUCCGCCAAAGGUCGACUGGUACGUCAACAACAGCAUGGCGGGCUACUGGCGUACGAAUCGCAACCUCACGUACGUCUCCAUCGCCGGAGGCUCGCACAUGGUGCCCUUUGACAAGCCCGUCGAGACGCACGACAUGAUGCUUCGCUUCAUGGGCGUCGACCUGCUCGCCGCGGCCGGUCCCAGCGCGCGCAUCCCGAGCCGGCUGGGCGACGAAAAGGACCGCAUGGUCCUCAUCGGCGGCGGAGGCGGGACAGAAAAGGAUGAUAGGCCCAUGAUUCCGGGCGUGGAUGGAAAGACAGAAGCACAGGUGGCCGAGGAGGCAAAGUGGGCUGCGUAUUACAAUGCGGGGAGCGCGGCACUGAUCGUCCUGAUUCUCCUCGUCGGAGCAGGCGCCUGCGUGCUGCUGAGGCUCAGAAGGCGGUCGAGG